GCGAUACAAGCAGCCCACUGCUUGUAUUGACGUGGUACAUGAGAAUCUGCUUGCUGCAGCAAAAUGCCUGCAGAAGAGAGUCCAAGUGCUGCCGAAAGACCCAACAUGAAGAAGUAUGCUGGGUUGAUUCACGAAGUUGGCAUCAUCAAGGACCACGUGGACAGGGAAAGGCAGAAGGCCAGACUUGAGCAGGAAUCCCUAAAGGCCAAGCUCAGAGAUCGGGAAAAGGAGGCUCUUGCUGUUCAGAAGGAGCUGUCCAUUCAGCUCAGGUGUGCAGGGCGAUCGUACCAGCAGCUCCUGAAUGCAACUCGCGAGUUGCAGGAGCAGCUGGAAGCUGAAAAGACAAAUAGAGAGAAAGACAAGCUGCCCUACAUAGAUGAGAUCCGGGCUCUGAAAGCACAACUGAGCAAGGGCGACAAGCCAUGGCGAGAUGAGAUCUCCAAGAGAGAUGCGAAGAUAUUGAAGCUGCAAGAGGCUGCAAGCCACCAAGAAGUACGUCUUCGAGAAGCAGUUGAAGCUAUCGAACCUGUGCGUGUGGAGGGCGAGAAAAAGUUGAAAGCAGCAGAGGAACGUGCGAAGAGCAUUCAGAAGGAGGUCUUCCAUUUGCAGGAAGAAGUAGAGGAGAUCAAGGAAAAGUGGCAGGAGGAGGUAUCAAAAGCGAAGGAGGACCACCAUAAGGAGGUGCUAAAGUUACAAAUCAAGAUACGGGAGAUUGAAGCAGAGUCUGACAAAAUUGCAGGCCCGUACAUCAAGCAAAUCAAGGAGCUGGAGCUGCAAAAGCAGGGCUUGGAGGUGCAGCUGUCGCAGGUGGACUACACUCCCUUCGAGAAGCAGGUUGAAAUCAAGGAGAAGGGCUACGACUUGCUGGUGCAUGACUUCAGAACGAAAGAGCAAACGCAUAGCGACAAUGUCGACAGGAUGCGGGAAGGGUUUGAGGAGGUGAUCCAGAAGCUGGAUAGAAAGCUUCAAAGCUUGGAGAAGGAGUACGAGAAAAAGAUGGAGCCGUGGGUGGCUCUGGUGGCAGAGAGGGAGGAGGAUGUGAGAAGGCUGCAAGACAAAAUCAAGACCAUGCAGGAGGAAAAGGCCGAAGCUCGAGAACAGGUUUCAGACAGACAACAGGAGCUUGAAGAAGAGUUGAAGGCAACAAAGGAAGGUCUGGAUCUUUUCGUGAAAGAGAACACGAAGCUUCGGCGCCAGAGAGAUGAGAUUGUGGAGCAAGAAGCCGCGCCUACUCAUCCCAAGCAGAAGAUGCAGGCCAUGGAAAUGCGGUUGGAUGAAGUGACGCGAAGAUGCGAGAUUCUGAUAAAGAAUCGAGAUCGAGAACUCAAGGAAAAGACAGAGAUUAUCUCAAAGCUGCAAGACCGUGUUUUGCAGCAGUCCAAGGAGAACAUGGCGCUUGAUCGCAAAUGGGACGACCGCGUACAGCUGAAAGAAGAAGGGUACGGCAUAGUUGUGGCGCAAUUGAAGCACGCAGAAGGGCAGAUCCUGGAAGAGCGUGAGAAGACAGCAGCAGCCAAGCGGGAGAUCCAGAAGCGUGACCAGAGGAUUCUAGAUCUCAAGCAGGAGCACUCAGAGGAGUUGAGAUGCAGAUUGCGCGACAGGAAUAUGCUCUUCAAGCGAAAUCGCGAGCUUGAGGCAGAGAUGGCCACCAAAGCGAACAACGAAGAUGAGAUAAGAAGAGAAUGGGAGGCUGCGUAUGAUGAUCUUCGGACACACUACGAAUGCCGAGAAGCCGACCUUGAGAUUGAGAUCGUCCGCCGAGACAAAGCCCAAGCUGCCAGAGAGAAGGAGUUGCUUGCCGUACGUGGCCAGUUCGACAAAGCUCGAAUAACCUGGGAGAGCAAGGAGCGAGAGCUUGAGGUGCUAGUGCGCACUCGGGAUCGCUUGGUUACGUCUCUCAAGAAUGAGAUUGAGCUUGUGGCCGAGUCUUGGGAAGUCAAGUACGACAAGCUGCUUAGCCUUUUCGAUAAGCUUCAGAAGAAGUAUGACGAACUGUUGGGGCCCGGAGGGCUUUCCGAGGCGCUGCGCCGAGCACGAGAUCUCAAGGAAGAAAAUGUGCAGCUCACCAGGCAGACUCACGAGUUGAAGGAGAUGAUUAAGAAGCAGAAAAGGCAGAUAAGAGAUUUGCAACUGGACAUCGACAUGCACAUGAAAGAGACGGCGGAUUUGAUCUUGCAGAAGGAGCAAGGCAUAGCUGAGAUGGUGGGUGACUAUGCAAAACUGCAAGCACAGUUCCGAAAUGAAGUUGAACAGAAGGAGCGCAUCACCAUUGAGAUGACGGAGGAGAAGAGAGCUAUUGUAGCAUCGUUCCAGGCAAGGAUCGAGCAAUUGGAGCAGCUUGUCGAAGCCAUGCGAUUCACAGAUCGAGAGGAGCUUGUAGACACCAUCGAUGUUUGGAAGCGAGCAUAUGCAAGAAUUUGCAUAGCGCGGGAUGAGAUGGAGGAGGAGUACCAAGCCCAGCUCUUCACAAAAGACAAGCAGCUCAGGAAAAUGGCGCUGGACAAUUCGGAGGAGAGAGAGAAUGUUCAGAAGGAAAUUGCAAAAUGGCUGGAAAAGGUCCAGCAGGUUGAGGAGGAGUGGAAGAAGAAAAUGGUCCCCUUACACAUUCAGAAGGAGGAGUUGGAGAAGAAGAUCUUGGAGUUGGAAAGAAACCUUCUUAUCAAAGAAGCUGAAUUGAGGAGAGCACUACGGCUCGCAGAUUCACGACUCGAAGAUCCUGAAAAGGAAGCUAUGAAGAAGAAGAUAGCUGAGCUAGAAGCCAACAUCAAGAAGCAAGAGGAGGGUGUUCGCAUACUCAUCGAGGAAAAUACUCAGCUUCGCCAACAUGUUCAUGAGGUCGUCGAGCAGGCAGAGGGAGCGCAGGAGGAUUGGGAGCCACAAAUCCGGUGGCGAGAUGAAAGAUAUGAGGCCAUGAUGAAGGAGCACGAGCAAGUAAAGCAAAUCCUCCAGCAAGAGAUGCUGAAAGCGCAGGAAGCCUGCAAGCAGAUCGAGGAACAAGUCAGAAGGUUCCCGAAUCCUUUUGAAGCUGAGCUCGAAGAGUUGAAGGACAGGUACGCUCAGAUGCAGGCCGGGACGCAAAGAUUAAGCGUGGAGAAUGUGCAACUGAGGGAAAAGCUGCAGGACCAGGAAGAAGCCUAUGAUGAAGAAAAACGGCUGAUGGAAGACCAAAUUCGAGUGGCUCAUCACAUUUUGCAGCAGGUUACUGGAUUGGGAGCGCUGAGACACCUGGGCGAGGAAGCCUCCACAGCCGCGAAACAGCUUGGAAUCGACCCGGACAAAAGCAAGGCAAAGUGAAAGAGCUACGCUUUCCCCUACAGCGUCCUAGUCCAUGCGCUAAUGUUUCAGACAGAGAAGCUGGUGAAAGCUUUUUGGUGCCCAAGCACCUUGCAUGUGGUAGGAUUUGUGCGGCCGCCGAAGUUGCGCCACGCGUGUUUCACUUCUUUUCUGGCGUUGCACCAGGUGAAGUU